AUGGAUCAUACUAAAGACAUGAAUCGUACUGGUGAGUGCCCUGCGUUGUUAUCGUUGCCAGAGAUUGUUAACAGUACAGCUUUAAUACCCAAAUAUGAAUUUGACCUGGGAAGCUGUCUCUUUAAGUCCAUGCUGCCCUCAGACUCAACAGUGAAGGUGUUGGUGUGCAUAUUUGUGCUGCUCACCAUCCUCUCUUUGGCAGUUAAUGGAUGCACACUGCUGGGACUUGGUCGUUCAGAGGAUCUGUCCUGGGAACCACGUUUUGCUUUGUUGAAGAAUCUCAUUUUGAGUGACCUCAUGCUUACCAUCACGCAGGGGCCCACGGUGACAUACUGCCUUGUGCAGAGAAGGACACUCCCAUAUGGACCCUGGUGUUUGACUCAGUUCUUUGUUGACAGCGUAUGCAUCUUUUGCACCCUGUUUACCAUCACCUGCAUGGCUUUAGAGCGCUACCUGUAUGUGUGUCAGGCCAUCUACUAUCUCAGCAUUCUCACCUCACAGCGCUUGUGCUUCAUUAUGGGUCUCACCUGGCUACUCUCUCUGUGCAUCACUGUUGUGAUUAUGAUCCUGCUUCAACAAAGUCAUGCAAGUUCGCUGGUCGGGCAGCCCAUCGCUGGUCUCUUGUGUGAGCCUGAUACAGUGGAGAGCGUGCUGGGUUUCCCGCGUGCCUCAGCCAUCUUUCGGAAGCUUGUUGGAAUUAUUGUGACGUUCCUCUGCAUUCUGAGCUAUUCUUUUUCCUACCUUCGCAUGUACCAGGAAGCACGGAACGCAGUGCAACCAUUUCAGCAGGUAAACAGACGUGCAGGCAACACAAUCCUCUUCUACUGCUCCAUGCUGCUGCUCCAGCUGAUGCCUGUACUCUUGAAGAUCAUCUCAGAUGCAUUGUGGGAAGUCAUUUCCCCACUGACAGCCCCCUCAGGUUGGAAGACUGCUGGGACCCUUCACAUCAUGCUUCUGGUCAUGCUACAGGUACCUCCCUGCAUCAACCCACUUAUCUACGGGCUCCAUAACAAAGAGGUGCGACAAGCUUUGCCCAACCUCCUGCGCUGGAGAAAAGACUGCUUGAACCUGAAUGUGGAGGAGGGCUCAUUGAGGACUCAGGAAACAGGCCGUGAGUGA